ACGACUUUCUCUUUUUUUCUUUCUUCAUUUUGGGUCAUUUUUGGUUUCUGCUUCUGGUGACAAAUCCAUUGCCUUUUCCACCCAAUGCAGUCUUGGUUGGGCAUGACCGUUGAUUUCGGAUUUUCCUUCUCCCAAUUACCAACUGGACGGUACCUCUCUACAUUACCUCAUCGUGGAUCAGAAAAAAAAAAGACCCCAAAAUACCUACCUCUAGGUACACUACAGUAUGUAGCUGAGGUCUGCGCAACCGCCCAGGGGUCCCCGGAAAGGCCAUGUGCCCGCCUCCCAGCUCACAGAGUGGCUUGAGGCUUCACCUCUCACAAAAAAAAGACAAAAAACUCACCAGAAACACAAGGCGGUCUCAUGGUCUCGGCCUGUUCCUGGCCUACCUUGGUAGAUCAUACACUCUUGGUCCCCCCUUUCCCUAGAAAAGUCUGUCGGCCUCAAACACAGCUUCAUGCAAGGACUGCCUCCUCUCCCCCAACUUCAGACGCUCCCGGCCUUCCAGAGUGACAUCGCCAAAGACUUCACCUUCAAAACAACACCGCCACCGUUAGAUCGCCCAGGCCAGGUGCCUCCAACUACCUCUACCCUCACCAUAAUACCCGUUGUUUGGGUGGUGAGAACAAGCGUCCGAUCCCCUGGAAACAGCAGAUGCCGCCCGGAUGCCCGCUGUCGCCAUAGACCGAAUCGUUAGAACCUGGAUCUCCAACAAUAGCGACUAGCAAUACUGGAUACACACUAUCGUCAUCGGUGAAGCUUCAGUUGCGCCACCUCACCACCACCCCGUCCGUUCUGACACACGCUCUCCCGAACCCCCCGGGUGCAAGGCCCUUGCGGGGCGAGUGCCAGUCAUCCAUCAUCACCAGAGAAGAAGGGACAACCCGCCUAAUAUUAGUACCGCCUCGGCCCUUCCGGCCGCUUCAUCCUUGGGUUGCCCUUCGUCUUUCCUCCCCAUUCCAUUCUUUGCCGGCCUGAUCUUCGUCUGGACGUCGAUAGCCUUCUUUCACAUCGACAACCCUUUUCAACUACUUCGCUUCUUUUAACCGCAGGUCGGGAUUACCUGCUUCCAUUCUUUCGAAAGGACUUACCAGAGUACCUGUUGGAACUUGGGUUGUUUGACGCGCUGGAUCGCUACAAAAUCGGACUUUUACGACAUUUGCCUCGUCAUCAGUGCUUGGAUAAUACGAGGGAGGAUUUGGACUGGGACGGAAUCAUCAUUACGUGAAAAGAAAUCAUCAUCCGCGAAGGAACCGAGUCAUAGGAGCAAGGAAGAGCAAGAUCAAAGUGGAAGCAAAGUCAGUUCGAAAGAAAAGGGAGACCGAUCCGGAAACGAUAGGGAACCAGGUUUUGCGUCUUGGUCAAGAUACCCGACUCAUAAUCAGUCGUCAACAUGGGAAAACUCAUCAAGAACCACUGGGCGAGACUCAUUAUCCUGGCCGCUGGAACUUACCAAGUCGCAGCCGCACUCGAGGGAUUCUUCUGGCCCAAGAUCUUUUGGGAUUUCCUCACCAAAACGCUAGACGCCGCCGUCAAGCCGAUACCGAUUCUGCAAAUCAUCAACCUCGUCUUCGGACUCCUGCUCAUCGCUUGGGAGUGGCCGCUUGGUUUCAUCGCCGGAUCCAGCUUUCACCGCAGUCUUGAGGCCCGCCUGGCCGUCCUUCCGCUUACCGCCCUGGCCGCCGCCCUCAUCUACCAAGGGACCAACGCCGCUAUUUAUCAGGUGAUUGGGCUGGCCGUGUACUUUUGGGCAUAUAGCGAGGGAGAGAUGAUUUGCGCAAAGCCUUGGACAUUACCACAGCGUGGUGGCAAGACUGGACGUGUAUGAUAUCCAUGAUGCUACAUAUCAGCAUCCUGUGACGAACGAUACGACUCUGUACAACCUGCUUAUCGGACCACCUCAAACACCCAUCAUCAUCAUCACCUUUUGGCGAGAAACGACGAGAUCAUCACACGCGACUUCCAAAGGAAAAAAUCGGAGAGCGCGGGAUUGUCAGUCAGUCAGCCAUCUUGUGAUAUAACACAGAAAGAGGGAGAAAGCCGUAGUAUAUACGAGCCAGACCCCGAAACGAGCACAUACACAACUGAUACAUAUAUCAUUUGGAUUUUUUUUUUUUUUUUUUUCAGAUGCACAGCAAGCAAAGCGUCCCUUUCUUCUCUCUCUUUCUUACUGUCCCUUGUUUAUAUAGCAUCAAUUCUGCAUGUCAGACUUGCAUGUGGCAUUUGGAUACCCACGGCGUUUUUGUGAUUACAAAGGAUGAAGAAGCAGUAUGAUACCCGCGAAAGGAGGAACGAAGAAGAACAUGGAGGGAAUGAUUGAUUGACGGAGAGCAAGAGCAUAUCAAAAGUGGCAUAAAAAGGGAAUGAAUGGUGUUUACAAAUAACGUCUGGGUUUGUUGUACAUAAUUUGAUGAUGGAAAGGGCACGAAACACAUUACAAUGCAUUUGUCUGUCUACGCGCGCACACACACACACACAUACACAUUUCCACAUUGAUGCUUAAACUAUGUGGUAUCUCCCACUGAGUUGUCUCGUCACUCUCCACACUUUCCC